AUGAUGACCAUGACUACGAUGGCUGACGGGCUGGAAGCGCAAGACUCGUCCAAAUCUGCUUUCAUGGAGUUCGGGCAGCAGCCGCCGCCGCCGCCGCCGGCGCCUCAGCAGCCUCCCCAACCGCUGCCGCCGCCGCCGCCGCCGCCGCCGCCUCCAGUGGCACAGGCGCCCGGCGGCUCCUCACACUCAGCGCAGCAGCAGCAGCAGCAGCAGCAGCAGCAGCAACAACAGCAGACCUCGCCGGCGGCGGCCAUGGCGGGCGCCCACUACCCGCUCCAUUGCCUGCACUCUGCGGCGCCGGCCUCGCAUUCGCACCCGCACCACCAACAUCCGCACCCGCAUCAUCACCACCACCACCAUCACCACGCCGCGCCUUACGCGGCCGGCCCGGCCGGCGCCAACUCCUACAGUCACCGCUCGCUCGCAGCCGCUGCCGCUGCCGCUGCGGCCGCCUAUCCCUACGUGAGCCACUCGCAGCACAGCCCUUACCUCCAGUCUUACCACGGCGGCGGCGGCGGGAGCGGCGGCGGGAGCGGCGGCGGGAGCGGCACGGGCAGCCAGACGCGGCCGGACGACGCAGAUCAACAAAAAACCACAGUGAUUGAAAAUGGGGAGAUUCGAUUUAAUGGGAAAGGGAAAAAGAUCCGGAAACCUCGAACCAUUUACUCAAGUCUGCAGCUGCAGGCAUUAAACCACCGCUUCCAGCAGACCCAAUACCUGGCACUUCCAGAGAGAGCAGAGCUGGCGGCUUCAUUAGGACUUACUCAGACACAGGUGAAAAUCUGGUUCCAGAACAAGCGUUCCAAGUUUAAGAAACUGCUGAAGCAAGGCGGCAACCCUCACGAGACUGACCCCUUGCCCGGCUCGGCUACCCUCUCGCCGCGUUCUCCAGGUCUGCCUCCGGUCUGGGACGUUUCAGCCUCUGCCAAAGGAGUCAACAUGCCUCCCAACAGCUACAUGCCUGGCUAUUCUCACUGGUACUCCUCUCCACAUCAAGACACUAUGCAGAGACCACAAAUGAUGUGAUCGGUCCAAGAACAACCGCUGGGCUUGGCCGACGGGGCCAGCUCGUGGGUCUUGGGGUGAAUUGGGAGCGCGUGGCAAGGAAGACGGACUGGGGCGGUUCUGCCUUCCCCUCGCCUUUAACCUCAGCAAUUGAUCUUGAGCUGAGAGAAACCAUUUGCGUCGCGACCCACGUCAGAUGCUCUCUUUGGGAUAUUUUGUUGGGGAUUCAAAGGCACCAAGCCUUAUUGGGAAUACAAGUCAGAGCAAAAAAAACAAAAACCCCAAUUACAGCCUUUCCCCACUAGUCCACCGCGCAGCAACUUAAAAAAAGAUCCUGUGGAAUGAAAAAAGCUAACAAAGCUACCCUAUUUUUAUUCACCAAACCCAAAUUAACAAAACAAAAUGGAUAACGGGAAGGUAUUUUUUUUCUUUACGAAGAACGAAAUGCCAUCCAGGGAGGAGGGUGGUGAAGGGGGGGGGGGAGUGAGGAGAGAGGAAAAACUCUGGCUUAAUAUUUUGUAACUCCCCCUCCCACCCCCAGACCAGCACAACCGUGAAUCUUGGUCGGCCGGAACUGAUAAUCUUUUCUUUCCCAAUCUCUCCCCCGCCUUCUUUUCCUCCUAGAGUCAAUAAGGCAGUCUAAACGAAUUUAAAGCACCUGUAAAUGACCAGAAGUUCUUUUGCGCAUGCCUCAUUGCAACCAACUAGAGCUCUGCAUUUGCGCCACCUUUAUUUAUUCUAAGGGGCUUCCAGGAGGGAUCCUUUCCAAUGGAUUCCGCCCGGAGGAGAGAGGGAGGAAGAAUCAGAGAAAGUAACAAAAAAUUGCCCUGUCCCAAAGGCUAAAAUUCCGACCACAAUCACUUCCCUAUACACUUCUGCGUUGUUUUUCAGCUGCCGACAGUCGCGUUGUACAUAUUGUUGAAUUUUAGUUGUAUAUAUAUAUAUCUUUGUAUGUUUUGUCUCUUCCUUUCAUAUAUAGAG